GAAGGUUUCGAACCGGAAGUGAGUUUGUUGUUGCUGCUGUGGGAUCUCAGACGAAUCAGAAAAUCAAUUAAGUUAUGAAAAAUACCAUUAAUUGCCUUUCUUUGUCACCGCAGCUCAUGAAGAAAUGGCGGAUCUCCAGACUUUGCACAUCUGCUGCGUCUAAUGGCGUGUACAGACACAACAGAAACCACCUUAAUCGACAGGAAUAUUUACGUUUUUCAGGUAAGUUAGCUCGGUAGCUGCUCGGCUAAUUUGGCUGAAGGCUGUGAGUGAACAUGGUUCGAACAUGAUCAGAUUUACGGGAGAUUACGCUUGACAGUCAUUAGCUAGGACGUGCCGUUUCAUGUAGGCACUCUUUGGUUAGUACGGUGGGCAUUUUCACUCAUUCCUGACAUUUCUUACCGUAAGUUUCAGUGUCAACACCAGUUAGCUGUACGCUGUGUGAGGACAUGUUUCAGUGUUAGCUGACCCGCUCUGUCCAGAUGCAGCAUUGAAGCUAAUGGGUUAGCCGUAAAGCUAUAGAAGCCUGACAGCCAAAUACUCAGCUGUGAGUGUUUGUUUUCAUCGUAGAUACACGAGUUACUCUCAAAUAAACAUUUUACAAACGCAGUGUUCAGGUAACUUAUGAAAUAAACUGCUGAGUUUGGAUUUAUUCUGCUCAAGGUACUGUCUCCAACCCUACUUUAAUACAUCAGGACGUUGCGGUAAAAUGCUUAAUACUGAAUUAAAGAGUAGUUUUCCGGGUAUUUGGCCUACAGGAGUCGCUUUAUUCAGAUCAUGGCGCGUGAAAUAGUCACAAAACCUACAAUAUGAAUAAAGUUAGCUGUUAUUCGAUUCAGGUUUAUUGUCAAGUAGGUUUACACAUGUAGGGGAGAGUGGGGUAAGAUGAGCCAUUUUUCAUAUUUCGGAUCACUACAUCAAGGCAGUCAUAGUUUUAUCUCAAACUAGUGUAUCUGUUUAUAUUUCAAAAUUUUGUUUAUCCCUGCAAACCAACAGAAUGAGAGUAAACGUAACUGUCUUAAUAACAUAGCAUGCAAAAAAAGUGGUCUCUCAAGGUCCACCCAUACACGGGGUAAGUUGACCAUAGGAGCGGGGUAAGUUGAGCCGUAUCCCUACUACCUCCCCACUCUCCACCUCAGCCCUCCCUCGCCUUCUCUCUCCCCAAAUAACAGUCACAUCUACACAUUCAUGUGUGUUUUAUCCAUUAUAGGCUAUUCAACUGGUACAAUAAUUAUUUUUUAUUAUUAUUGCAUUUAACUGCUAAAAAGCUGUUUUGUAAAAAAAAAAACAUUUUAACACGAGAGAGUGAUUCAGAACAUUCACAGCUGUAUUUUUGACACAUUUCAACAAUCUGAACUGAAACUCUGAUCCUCUCUUCAGACUUCUUUACUUUCUCACUUGAGCCACUGACUCAACUUAUCCCUGAACUACUAUGAUGACUUUAUUAGACCUCUAAGCUAAGAUGGUGGACUUUUAUGUUUGGUUUUUGACCUCAUGUUGUAGCUCAUAGAUACCACAAUUGAUGUGUAAACACAUUUAAAAUGAUCUUUUUUGGUCUGAACACAAUUCGAAUAAAACUUAUGACAGACUCAAUUAACUUUCAAGAGUGAAAAAUGUUUUUUGGGAAAUAAAUGUCUAACCCCGUCACCUAUGUGCUUCUAACCUUCACAGACUCCACGAAUUGACACCCAUCUCCUAAAUAUUUGGUCACAUGAUCAAUUUCUUUUACCAUUUCCAAGCAACAGGGGGUGGCUCAACUUACCCCACUCUCCCCUACAUGGUGUUUUUGGUGCUUAAGUAAUGAACAUAGAUUAUCAACAAAAACAUUAGAAAGCUGUAAAAGUUAAACAGAGAGAAAACAUGUCUAUAUAUAUGUAAAUGGAAAAGUUUAAACAUCAAAGACUAUCAAGAAAACUUAAUGGAAAUUACCACAAUGUGAAACUAUUAAACCGAAUCUGAUCAAAGUAUCUAAAAUUUGCCAUGAAGAGCUGUGCAUUUGCACAGAAAGGUGCAGGAUGGUGUGAGUGCAAAUUAAACUAGUGUGAGGAUAUAAAAAUCACUGUGCAGUACACCUAUCACUUUUAUUAAAUGACUGUAGUCUGAUUUAUAACUGCGAUGUUUAGUGAGAGCACAAGAGACAGAUCAGCAGAUCACCCACUCUGCAGAGCAGAUAAUACAACCUGCUCUUGUCCUUGGCAGUAGCUACAGUGUACCAGACUAAAGUGUUCUAGUAUUAUACAUUAAUCAUGCAUAUCUGUCCUCAGUGAAUAACGAAAAAGAAAAUGAAGUUUACAAAUUUCUGAAAUGUCGAUGUUUACUGAACUUUAAUAUAUAUAUAUAUAAUUUUUUUUAUAUAUAUUUAUUUAUUUAUUUAUUUUUUUGUGGGUUUCCUUCUCCACCUUCUCACAAUAAAAUCAAUAGAUCCAAAAUUUUGACAUCAAAAACAGUUGCAAACUUCUUCAGAAUCACUGGAAUUGGAAUUGCAGAAAUUCUGUGUAGGGGUUUGAAAGUCUGUCUUUCAAAAUAAAGAUAGGUGGGUGUCUUUUGAUGUCCUAAGAUGCUCAUUGAACUUCAAGAGGCAUUAUUGAUCAGGUAGGUCAAAAUAAGCUUGUAUUUGUUAUCUUUUCAACUCUUAAACUUUUUGAUAAUCUGGACCUUACCAAGUUUAUGCCAGGUUGAGCGGUUUUCUCUUCACUUUUACUGGAAAGGUAAAACUAUUUAAUGUAAAAGAAUUAAAAAGGGGGGGAAAAGUUCAUGAAACAAAUCAAAUCAGGAUUUGCAGGUAAAAUAUUCUCAAGCUGAUCUAAGAGUAAAAAAACUUUGAAGCUAUGCUGACUAUAAAAAAUGCUCAUUGAUGAGGGUGGAUGGCAACAGCCAUUACUUCACAAUAUGGUUACAAUAGUGGCACUCCUUCUGAUGGAUGUCAGCCAGUUGUGAUGGACAAGGACAUCUUGAAUAGACCAACCCUUAUCGCACAAUAAUUGAUUGUUAUUUGUCUUCCAUUUGUAGAAACACUGAAGAUUAUCUGCCGAUCAGACAAGAAUGAGCUGAUGGUUGCGGAAGUCUGCAAGAAGACGUUCCAAAAAAAAGAGAGGCUGACUGGAAGAUGCCAAGAAAAAAACAGCAGAAUCCACAGCCAGUCAAGUGUAAGUGCUUCACGUUUUUUUUUCCUGCCCUACCUUUGUGCCAGAUUUCAUAUCUUACACUUUGAUUGAACAAAGAGCAGUUACUUGACUUGGAUAGUAAGUCUUAUUUUUCUAAGAGUGUCAUUGCACUAGAUUUAAAGCAUGUGUCCUGUUUCUUUGCUCACAUCUGGACACCAGGCGCUGCUGAUUGAGUGUUUGACUUGUGAUAAUCAAUCACAGUGACCCUCAUUUCUGGGAUGAGUAAUGCUGUGAAACCUUUGUCACAUUCUGCAUUCAGUAGAAAGACUGUGAAUGUGCUGACUGCAAGUUACUGCGCAAAUAUACAGUAAGGUUUACAUCUUUUCCAUUUAUUUACACCAAAUAAGACUGCUUAUACACAUUAACAGGAAUUAUUAUCAUACAAACACAUUAUAUAUUUAUGUAAACACAGUUAAUUCAGAAUCUUUUUGUUGUCUACUAGAAUAAGACAUCAGUUGGUUGCACCGUGUGCCCUGUUCACACCCAGUUUAACUCAGCAGUAUGUCCUCGAAGCAAUCUCUUCACUUCUUUUGAAAAAGUGAAACGUGCUACAGUCUCUCCUAAAAACUCAUGACUUUGUCAAACGCUGAAAUGACCACCAGAUGGCAGCAUUGAUAAAACUACUGAGCUUGAUGGCCUUGAAUUGUCCCUGUAGUAGUUUUCUGAGCACUGACAGCUGUGUGAUAGUUGUUUGGAUGCCAUCAAGCUUGAAAGACCAGGACCAAGAAUUUCAGGCGUCAUUAGCUAUAACUGCAGUAAAGGAGCUCCAUCUGUCAACUGUUAGCAGUUCACUUUUGUUUAUGAGAUGCUGCUUCUUGACUUUGGUGGAGUAACUUUCCCUCUAGAUGAUGUUGGCCUUUUCACCUUUUACUGCUACAUUUAAGCUGAAAGACUGCCAGUAUCCAUCCAUAUAAAAACAGACAUGGAUCAUAGAUAACCUUUGCUCAUUUGUAUUUUUCCAUUCAUCUCUCUUUAUACCCCGCUCUGUCUCGUGUUUACCUCAUAUGUUAUUUCUGAUUAUGUAGAUUUCUCAUUGUAAAAUAAAAAGGGAAGUAAAAAGUAAGUGAGUAAACUUUAUUUAUAUAGCAGCUUUCACAGACAAAAAGUCACACAGUGCUUCACAUAAACAAAAAUUAAAAAUGAACAUACAAAUUUAAAAGGCCAAGACAACAAAAUUAACAAUCAUAGCAGCCCCAAAACAACUAAACAAAAGCCUGAGCAAAUAAAUGUGUCUUGAGUUGGCUUUUAAAGGAGCCAACAGAGUAGAGCUAGGCGAUAUGGCCUCAAAUCAAUGUCACGAUAUAUUUAGCAGUUCACCUCGAUAAUGAUAAAUGGACGAUAACUACUCCACAAGCCGCUCACCCCCUCCCACAUUAACUUCAUCUAUCAUACUAUUAUUUGAACUCAAUUUAAGGUCAACUGGUAUCAUGACAUGGAAGCUAUUGAAGAAAAACAGCCCUUUCUGAGAACAUCAACCAGUAAUUUAUUGAUGGUCCCUUAUUCAACACCCGACGUUGACAGCGAGGGUGCAGAGUAGAUUGGUUUUGCUAUUCCUGGUUAUGGAAAGUGAGAAAACAUCGGUAGAUCCGCAGUGACAUCCGUUUAAUAUCCAACCUAAGACUAACUUCAACGCAGUAUUUACAUGAAAAAACAUUUGUUGCCUCGGCUGAUUUUUUUUUUAUCCGCACGUGUGCUCCUAAAUACAUUUUACAAUUUGCACACAUCCACUCUCAGUCACAAAUGCGGGUGAAAUGGUCGCACUGUCGAGCCCUGCUUUCCCUCUUUGUUACAGACUGGAUGGGGUGGAGUCGGGUCUCUGUUGUAGGACAGCAUCUUAGAGGGACAUUAGACCAUAGCCUACCUACACACAUCCAACACCAACUUUUAUUUAUCAAUUUAUUUUUUGACACAGAAUACACCAUUAUUGGCCAAAUGACGUCGGUUAUUGUUGUAAAUUUCGGUAUCGGUAAAUUUCCCGUUUAUCGCCCAGCCCUACAACAGAGUCAAUGAAGCGCAGAGUGAGAGGAAGAUCAUUCCAAAGCCUGGGAGCAACAGCCUGGAAAGAUCAGUCCCCUCUUGUCCGAAAAGGAGUGCACAGAACCAGUAGAUUCUGAUCCACAGACCUCAGAGCCCAAGCGGGCUAGUAAGGCUGGAUCAGAUCACAUAUGUAAGAUGGAGCUUGACCAUGCAAGGCUCUAAAAAUUAGGACCAGAAUUGAUCCUAGAGGACACAGGCAGCCAAUGUAGAGCUUUAAGAAUACAGUGAUGUGUGAGUCCUACUGUUUUGCACUAAUUGCAGAUGAGACAGCUCCUUUUUGUUCAGACACGAAAACAAACUAUUCCAAUAGUCUAAACGUGAAGACACAAAGGCAUGGAUGAUGAGCUCCAAGUCAUUUUGUGACACCAUUUUCCUAAGCUUUCAGAUUUUCCUCUCUUGAAAGAAGCAGUUUCUCAUUGACUGUUUACAGUGUUGUUCUAAGGACAGGCUUGGUUUAGUUGACUGGCCUAAGUCACUCAAGUACUGUUAAAUCCCUGGUGUUGAGUCAUUAGGAGCAAUAACCAGUGUUUCAGUUUUGUCUGCACUGAGCUACAGAGAGUUUCCACUUAGCUAUUGUUUCCUUUCCACUAAGCACUGGACUAUGGAGUUAAGCUUCUGGAUCUCCGUAGGUUUAACCCUUCCGGGACCUUUAGAUUUUCCUCCCUCUAAAGUCCCUCGUGGCUGUUAAAAGCCACUUUUUCUGUCGGCUGUAAAAUCAUAUUGGAUUAAUAUUUUUUUCAGAUUUUUUUUCACAAAUUUCUUAUUUUACUUCUGCCCUGUUCGAAACUAGCAAAUGUUUCAUUGAAAACAAUUUUUUUUAACCCUUUAAGUGCCAAUUUAAGACAAAAAGUCACAAAUUUAGCAAAAAUUGAAGGAAAAUGACCCAUUUUUUUUAUAAGACAUGAUCAGAAACUGGUAAUCUCUUGCAGGGUAUUAAAGUCUUGAAUAUGUCAGAGAUUAGUAAUAUAAUUUACUUAUAUGCAUUUUCAGUUUUUCUGUAGCAUCAGAUUUAAUGGAAACUGCCUUUGGCGCCUCCCAGUGGCCAAAACCACUAAAAUUGGUCCUUAAAGGGUUAAAAUUUUUAUUUUCAAUGAAACAUUUGCUAGUUUUGAACAGGGCAGAAUUAAAAUAAGAAAUGUAUGAAAAAAAAUCUGAAAAAAAUAUUAAUCCAAUAUGAUUUUACAGCAGAAAAGGCAGUUUUGGCCACUGGGAGGCGCCAAAGGCAGUCUUUCAUCAAAUCUGAUGCUACAGAAAAACUUAAAAUGCAUUGAAUUCAAUUAUAUCACUAAUCGCUGACAUAUUCAAGACUUUAAUACCCUGCAAGAGAUUACCAGUUUCUGAUCAUGUUUUAUUUAAAAAAUGGGUCAUUUUCCUUAAAUUUUUCCUUCCAUUUUUUUUUGCUUUUUAAGUGACUUUAUGUCUUAAAUUGGCUCUUAAAGGGUUAAAAUUUUUAUUUUCAAUGAAACAUUUGCUAGUUUUGAACAGGGCAGAAGUAAAAUAAGAAAUGAAUGAAAAAAAAUCAGAAAAAAAUAUCAAUCCAAUAUGAUUUUACAGCAGAAAUAGUGGUUUUGGCCACUGGGAGGCGCCAAACGCAGUUUUUCAUUAAAUCUGAUGCUACAGAAAAACUGAAAAUGCAUAUAAGUAAAUUAUAUUACUAAUCUCUGACAUAUUCAAGACUUUAAUACCCUGCAAGAGAUUACCAGUUUCUGAUCAUGUUUUAUUAAAAAAAUGGGUCAUUUUCCCUCAAUUUUUGCUAAAUUUGUGACUUUUUGUCUUAAAUUGGCACUUAAAGGGUUAAAAAAACUGUUUUUAAUGAAACAUUUGCUAGUUUCGAACAGGGCAGAAGUAAAAUAAGAAAUUUGUGAAAAAAAAUCUGAAAAAAAUAUUAAUCCAAUAUGAUUUUACAGCCGACAAAACAAGUGGCUUUCAACAGCCACGAGGGACUUUAGAGGACGUUUUUCUGUCCUGGCUUUAUUAUUGACUUGGUGAAAAUUUUGAAUUCAUGUUUUCAAAUAAAAUUUCAAAUUAAGCUUAGAAAAAAAAAUUCAUCACAUUUGCUGCAGUAAAAAAAAAGUUAUAUCCAAAUUAGUCUCUAGCUCUAUCAUAAAUUGGCUGUUAAAAGCCCGAAGGUUCCGGAAGGGUUAAAGGAGCAGUAAGGCUGGAUAUGAUCAGCAAAAAGGUGGAAUGAAACAUCACUAAACCUUUGGAUGAUCUUUUCCAAGGGGAUCAGGUACAGCAAAAAUAACACAGGACCCAAGACGGAACCUUGAGACGGAAUUACCAGAUUUGCUGUCAGGUAGCAGCUGUGAGCUGUGACACUGAGGUAGCUUCAGGGCUGUGGAGUCUCUCUGAAACUUGACUUUCUGCUGUCAGUAUCUCUGAGGUUUUUCAACAGGACCUCUACUCAUACAGACAGUUUAAAGCUGAAACAUUCAUAGUUUGAUGGCUGUUUUAAUGUGGUUGAUUUUUCUUCUCUCCACAGUGGAUUCUGAAGAUGGUGUAGUCUUUGAAGCUCCAGGAAACCUCACAUUAGACACAGACUUCUUUCUCGGACACGACCUUGAGUUUGAUGAUCCUGAUCAUGAAAACAAGAUUCUAGGUCUGGAAAAGUUCUCAGGUUUGUUUUUCAUCUUUCGAAAUUAUACUGACAUUAUAAAAGCUACAUUUCUCAACGUUUCAGGUUGAUUUGGCAACAUCCAUUAUUAUUUAUAGAGGAAAUAACCAUUAAAAGUAAGUUAACAGCAGCGUCGUCAGAAAUACAACAGCAGACAACUGUUAUUUCCAUUUUGAAGACAGCUUCAAUUAUUCAUGUUCCUCUAGCAAUGAAACCAGUCAGAUUUUAUGGUGACUGGUCUUGUAUCUUGAUGCAUUUUAUAGCACAAGUGCUUGAAGGGAUGCAGCCUGAUACCUACAGCUCCUCAUGCAGUAGCUCACUCUGGCUGGUCCAUCUAUUACAAACUCCAUUUUCUGUCAGUUUCAGUCUGUUUGAGUUCUAACUCCAUGUUUUAUAAUAGAAAAGACACAGUCCUGCCCAUCCCCCUGUUCUUUCAAAACAUUAUUGUUCAAUAUGCAAGUGUUGUUUCUAAGACUUAGAUCUGUAACACAUAAAUGCAUGCUAUUCAUAUUUUGUGACCUUAAUUGAGUUUAUUAAAGUUUAUUUAAGUUAUGGUCAAACACGCCGUGUCACCAAGUUAGACACCCCCUCGAGAGAUGAAUGUUGCCGACUGCUUGCUUCUCUAGUUAUACCAACUUUAGUAACGACCGCAUGUUAGCAAUACACAGCGGUCUAUGGAUCCACAAGCAAACUUCAACCAAGGGUUGUUUACACCGAAACCAAAAUCAUCUUUAUCACCAAACCACAUUUAUCACCGCAUAUAGUGUCACAGCCAAAGUACUAGCCAUCAAACAUCUUUUUAGCUUUGACAACUCACCCACUCUCCUCCAGCAGCUGGUUGUUUGUGGGGGGAGCCCUGAUGAGUCAAUUGCCGAGUGCAGCAGAUCAUUUCCAUAAAGUGAUCAUCAUAAUAAUCAAUUUGCACUGCAGACGCGGUGGUUCUUCUGCCUUAGCAUCUCGGUCUGAUUGCAUUUCAAUGAAAUGAUAAUCAUAAAUGUUCUUCUUUGAGCUGUGAAACUCCGCUGCACUCGGUGAUCGACUUGUCAGGGCUGAUGGGUUAAUGUGAUUUCACCUGAGCAGCAGAGGUGGAUCCAGAGGUUGGCCAGGAUGGCUGUCCAAGUAUCCUCACUGAAGUACUUAAAUAAAUCGUAAGGGCUAAGAUGUUAAAGACUGCUAGUAAUUGUCUUUGCAUUUCCAUGUUUCAUCACAGUAGGACAUCUAUUGAAGCUAAUACUAAUACUAGUUGUAACAGGUGUACCUGGGAAAGUAGCUAGCAGCUACUGUGUGACCGUGAGAGACUGUGAGAUGUCCGUUUGUGUGGGCUGUGCUGUGUUGACUACGCUGUUGCAGUCGAAGACCAAAACCUUUAUUGUUGUCAUUUCUUGUGGUAUGUUUCAGUCUUCUGUGUCUCUGUGGUUUCAGCUGCUGUGUGUCUGUGUUCUCUGUACCCCAUGUGCUGCAGAUGUGUCUCUGGCUUUUAAAAUGAAGAGAACAGGAUGAACACAGUGUGGUCUUUAUCGCAGGUUUGAAUCCACUCCACCGUUUGAACUCCAUUCAUGCAGUGGAGGGGCGAUAGUUUUCAGAAUCAUUUUUCACCUCCUGCAAAGAAAACACGGCCUGAGCAUGUGAUGUAGAUAAUUUAGAUGGCUUCACCAAGGAGGGAAAUGUACCAGUGGUGGUUUUAUUUGUACCACAAAGAGGACUCGUAGAGCGACCCCCCCCUCCCUUUGAACCACAGUAUGAGAAAUGGAACUAGCAGCUCAUAUUUCCCAGCAUGCCUCUUUGUCAGGGAGAGUGAUCUGAAAAAUGGAAAAGUAGAGAAAGGAGCUGAGAUGCCAUUAUUAUAUAAUGGUCAUAAAAAUAGGACUAUUACCAUCAAGGACACCAUUACAAGACGGCACGUAUUCAUCAUCAUCAUCAUCAUCAUCAUCAUCAUCAUCAUCAGACUCUGCUCCCACCACCACCAUUACCGUUUCCCCCUCAUCAUCAUCAUCAUCAUCAUCAUCAUCAUCAUCAUCAUCAUCAUCAUCAUCAUCAUCAUCAUCUUCCCUCAUCAUCAUUAUCAUCAUCAUCAGCUGCAGCCUCACCAUUAUAGUCAUCAUCAUUAUCAUUAGGCUGGUGAUCAUCCACGAGGGGUUUCCAGGGGGCAGAUAAAAGGGCAGUGUGAACCCUCGCCUUCCUCACAUCCUGCCUCAGCGUCUGUGGAGGAAGGUGCUUUUCUCUCUUCUCCCUCGCUCUGUAGUUCAGGCUGAAGCGAAACAACGCCGCUUUUGAAGUCUUGAAGCUUUUCUUCUUCUCCCUCAGGGGAAAGAGUCUUUUUUUUUUUUCUUUUUUCUUUUGUCUUGGAAACCUCAGAUGGCAAAACAGUAGAUAAAGCACAGGUGCCCUUGCUGGUGGUGAGUAUCAAAUGUUUCUCUGUAAAUGCUCACUUUCUUUCCUGCUUUGAAGGCAUGCUGUCUGUGCUCGAGUUACCUUCACCUGGAUGGUUAUUUCAGUGAGGUGCUUUGAUUAAUUCAGGGAGAAUCAGAAAGAGACGCUGUCUGGGUUGGAUUUGUGCCUUCAGGUGUCUUAAUUUGAAAAGCGUUCGAUUGUAACACAGUUAGACUGAAGUUAGGGGUUUCUCUGUGGAGUCAAUUUUCUUUAUUUCAUCGGCUUUAAUCAUGUCAAGAUGUUUUUUCUAAGACUUUCUGCGUUAACACCACCACAAAGAGCAUGAUCUAAACCUGCUGUGUGUGUACUCUGUCCUGUAGUGAAUUGAACAAAACUGAUUGAUUGAUAUUAUUAAGCCACGCCUUUUAUUUCAUGUCACCUUUACAUGGGGGUGUAACUCAGCCUUUCAUUUUUAUAGCCCAGAAAUGAGAAGUUCAUGGUUCAUGAUGGCCCCCUGCUGCGGCAUCCUUUGCUAUCAGUGUAUUAAUGUGGCAUGAAUGGGUGAAUGUGACAAAUGGUAUAAAGACAGUUUGAGUGGAUGGAAUUGCUAAAAAUGUCAAUAUAUGAGGGAGUCAAUUCGCCGUUUCCUAUUGUGGUGUAAGAUUAAAGCUCCUGUGAGGGUUUUUUUGAUGACCAUGAAAUGGACUGAAAGUCAUAUUGAUGCCAUCUUAAAAUACGCACAAGCAAACAAGACCAUGAGAGACAAGAUUGACAGAUUUUAUAUCAUAACUUUUUGAGGUCUGAGACGAGUGUGAGAGGGCAGGUGUCAGCCAAGCAGCUGAAGAACUAGUCCAUACAAAAUAUCCACAAUAACUAAAAAACUGAAGAUUUGACUGAGAAAAAUCAGCAGGAGAAGACAGUAUUUAAGUAUGUAGAAGAUACGAUUAGCCACUGAUCUGUCCUCAAGGGGGCGCCAAAUUUGAGACAGACUGAAAGUUCCUCACUGGAGCUUUAAUGUUAAAUCUUUUGUGAUACACGCACACAUGUUCUCACCAAAACAAGAGUAGUGUUAAAAAAUGUGACUUUUUUUUAAAACAAGAGCUUUUUCUAUAGACAGUUUUAUAAAUAAAUGCAGUAGGUGUUUUAUCAUGACUUUAAAUUGCUCCCUGUUGAUGGUGUGAUCCAUGAUGUUGAAUGCAUCAUUAUCAGGAGUUUACAGCCACCAUACACUAGCAGUGUUUGGAAGAUCUUAGUGCAUGGAGAAACUGAGUCAAGUACUCACCAAAAGUGUUUUUUUUUAAUUUAUUUCUUCUUUAAAUCACACAGUCUUUUACACUGAACUCAUUGCUCACUCACUAGUUGUAGCAAAAAGUGACACAAGCCUGGAGUUUGUUUUAUGAAGACUCAGUGCUACAGUCUGCAGUGUUAAGACCCUCUUUUUCCCUCUGUUUGUCUGUUGUACAGAAGUAGCAGCUGAGAUCGGAUUCUCCGUGUAUCCUCUGGCUGAUGAGGACAGCCCUGAUUACAGCCAGCUCAGCAUGGAGAGUGAAACAGAAAACUCACACGGCGCCACUGACAACGGGAGGGAAGACGAAGGCAGAGCGUCACAGUCAGAGCCUGGUUUUCCGCCUUACCUGUCCUGCAGGGGCUGCGGUCAGCUCCGAGAUGAACCCUUAGGCCCGGGCAUAGACCUGGUGGGUCCGUUCUGCCUCAGAUGCUGCAAAGCCUCCAGGGAGGCCAAAAGCACAGACUUCUGCUCUCCUUUUGGGAGCAUGGGCGGGAUUCGCUCAGGUCUGCAGCUGGACGGUGAGGGCUUGGGGAACGGGAUGAUUGACAAAGACCUGACAGCUGAGGACAAAUUCCCCAAACUGCACUCGUGUCACCUCUGUGGCUUCUCCUCACGCUACGCAAACCACGUGAAACGUCACAUGAAGACGCACAACGGGGAGAAGCCCUUUAACUGCCCGCUGUGCACUUAUGCCUCAGCCCAGCUGGUGAACCUGCAGAGACACCUGCGCAUUCACACUGGAGAGAAACCUUACAAAUGUGACAUCUGCACUUUUGCCUGCAGUUCCCUUGGCAACCUCAAGAGGCACCAGCGCAUGCAUGUGCCCUCUUUGGUGGCUGGACAUGAUGCACCACAACAACAACAACAACGACCUGCCAGUGGACAAAACAUCCUGAAGAGGCAUGUGACCGGGCAGAGAGCCAGUGAGGAGGUAUCUUCAGCCUCAGCCAAGGGUAUCGAACAUUUCCUCAAACAGUUAUUCCAGUAUUCUUCUAAAUACUGUCAGCUUUUGUUUUAUACGUAAUAAAUCAAUCUUUUCUCUCUUUUUUUCAAGUUUCAGAAGUUGUCAGGCCGACUUCAAACCUAAAUGUGGGCACCCAGAACAACAACUACCUACCAGCCUUUGACGGCUUAAAGGGGGCGUCCCCUCCACCCUUACCGGCCUCUAAUCCAGCUCCUGGACACCAGCCUCCACCUCUACUGGAGAAUGCAGGCAGUGAAAGCAGCAGAGGGGGUGUCACAGACAGUGCUCCCCUCCCCCCCUCACUCUUCCCUUUCACCUGCCGGUUGUGUGGUGUUGUCCUAGAGGAUGAAGACGGCUCCUCGGCGCAGAUUUGUGCCAAAUGCACCCUUGAAAUGCUGACUAAAGACUCAUCCUCCUCUCCUAACAGUCCCGGCGAGCGCAGCGACAAGGUCUACACCUGCGCCGCCUGCCCCUUCCUCACACACUACCCCAACCAUCUGGCACGCCACAUGAAGACUCACAGCGGUGAGAAACCGUACAAGUGCCCACAGUGCGACUACGCCUCAGCGCACUUUGACAACCUCAAGCGGCACCACAGAGUGCACACAGGCGAGAAACCCUACAAGUGCCAUUUGUGCGACUAUGCCUGCGGGAACCUGGCCAACUUGAAGCGCCACCAGCGUGUGCAUUCAGGCCUGAAGCCGUUCCAGUGCGCCGUGUGCAGUUACAGCUGCAACCAGAGCAUGAACCUGAAGCGGCACAUGCUGCGGCACACGGGGGAGAAACCGUACAAAUGCCAGGAGUGCGGCUACACAACAGGCCAUUGGGACAACUACAAAAGACACCAGAAGAAACACGGCCUGGCGACGGACGGCUGGGUCAAAGUCCCGGCCACAGGCAACGAUGGAGAACAGGAAGGGAGGAAAGGGAUAGGAGGAGGGGGCCAGACUCAGAGGAAAGAAACAGGGGUCGAUAUGCAGUACAUGUCCAGGGAGGGGGGACAGACGAUCCACUCGUGCUACAAACUUGAGAUUGUAUAAGAUUAAAACUCAGCAAAACUAAGCUACCAGCAACUUGUUUAAUUUUUUUCUCACAGAGCCUUUAUACGUCGUUUGAAGUGUGUAUCGGUCUUUUAAGUGUUCGUCAGAUGUCUUCAGAGGCUGCUAAUCGUUUCUUCGUAGAACCUCGCACAAUAUAAAAACUAUUGUUGAGUAUUUUUAUCCUCUUUUUUUUUUUUUUAAUUAGAAAGACGGAUGAGCCUGUGUUUGUGUAAAGAGAAAGGGAUUCUAUCUACUGUGCAAGUCUCUAGACUGUCUCAUUGUGUCUGUUAAAUCACACUAGCUUAUUUAAUCCAUGCCCCUCUUACAUUAUCACAGAUACACCUCAACACGUGGGGCUUGUGCACAUUUUGCCUGAGCUGUUGAGCUGCACUGUGUGGUCCACUUAGUCUACUCUUUUUAAUCUUAGCUGUUAGCACCCACAUCUAUCCUCCUUUGUGCCAAAAACCCUCAUUACUUGAACAUUAUCAUACUCCUUUUUCCUCACCUCUCAUUAUUCUCACCUCCACAUCUGUCUAAUGAGGUUUUUUUAAGUACUGUGAUUCAACUUUGUGGUUAUUUGACUUGGACUACACAGUGCAGCUUGAAGCAGAGAGAGGUCCUUGUGAGGCCCAAUCUUGCGCCCUGUUUGCAUCUGAGCAUGUGCUCCAAAUACUAGCAUGCCCUCAGAUGAACUACGAGCAAACUGCGAUGUGUUCGUACUGGAACUGUCCCUCACUUGUCUUAGUUUCAUUAGCUUGUGUUGACCGACUAAAUAAUCUCUGCUCUCUUGUUAUUUUGCCAAACCCCUCAGGAUUAGGGAAACGUGAUUGGGGGCUCUUACAUAUUGUAAACGAAAUACAGAUUUCGGGUUAUUUGAACUCUAAGAUUGCAUGUGAAAGCAUCUUGAAAGAUUCUCUCCAGUCUUUGUUUCAUGUUUGGAGAAAAAGCACAAUUAACCGUAAAGCUGCAGGUGCAUUAGGUCAGUGUUGGAAAAAUGUAAAGGGAAUUAAAAAAACGUGUCGAUAUCACGUUUAUGGGAGUCGGCAUGACACUAAAAGAAUUUAUUUCUCACGACAAACUUGUAACUUUCACUCUUCAUAACACUUAAAAUCUCUCAAACAUGAAUUUGUUGGUUUUGAGUCUUUGGAAAGAAGUCAGACCUUGUUUGUUUUGAUUCCUGUUUACUGUGAAAUUAGCCCUUUCCUGUGUUUUUUACUUGAAAAUAUGAUGACACUAUUAGUCAGCAUGUGUGUGUACUAGUUUGAUUUUUUUUUAUGUGACUGUGACACACUGCUAGAAGUGCAUACUUAAAUAUAUAGAAUUGAUUUUUCUUUCGUUUUGAAUGUGUGUUUGUGUCAUUUAGAUGCCAUGGGAAUAUAGGGACUGUGAUUUAAGUUUACUGUCUUGGAUUAUUACUACUAUAUGCAAGUGAGAUUUUUCAGGUUGCCAACUUUCCAUGACAAGAUGGAGAACCUUUUGUUUAAUACUGACAUCCCCUAAGUGUCCAUUUCAUGUCUUUAUGCAGUGUCUUAUAAAUGCCUUAAGUGAGGAUUUUGAAAUAAACACGUGGAAAUCAUGUCAUUGAAUGUCAGA